AUGGAUAAAUCCAUUAGUUAUAUUGAUUUUAAAGAGGCUUAUGAAUUAGAUAAGCGGUUGAUGUCUCCCGAAUUUGGAUAUACUUUGGAACAAUUAAUGGAAUUAGCCGGGUAUUCUGUUUCUAAAUGCAUUCACCAUAUAACACAAAAAUAUAAACCUGCAAAUAAACUUUUAAUCAUUUGUGGGCCAGGAAAUAACGGGGGUGAUGGUCUCGUUGCUGCUAGGCAUUUAACCUGUUUCGGGUUUUAUGUUAAAGUUUUUUAUCCAAAACUGGGGAAAAAAACUCUUUUUAAUAAUUUAACUAUGCAAUUGAGAUCAUACAAUGUAGAAAUUUGCGAUAAUUUAAAUGAAAAUGAAUAUGAUGAUUUUGAUUUGAUAAUCGAUGCUAUUUUUGGAUUUGGAUUGAAAGGUGAAGUAAGAGAACCUUACAAUACAAUAUUGCGCAAUCUUUCUAAGUAUACUAAUAAAAUCAUUUCAAUAGAUGUGCCCUCUGGACCAUAUUUAGAUGCUGACAAGUCUAAUGCAAAUGUUAAUGGUUCAAAAAAUUUUCCCUGUAAUAUAUCAUUAUGUGUGCCAAAAAAUUGUGUGAAAAAUUUCAGUGGAUUACAUUUUUUGGCCGGUCGAUUCCUGCCUCCUACAGUAAAAGACGUGGUGCUUCCUACGUAUACUGAUACUAAUGAAUUUGCCCUAUUGAAUAAAAAUCAAUGA